AUGCACCGCCGACUGCCCGGCAUGCCCUCGCCGCUGUCCAAGAUCACCGACUCGCGCACAGAGGAUGAGACCUUUCACACCGCCAAGAAGAAGGUCCACAUGAGCCCCGACGUCGCCGACGACCCCGCAGUCCCUUGCUUCAUCCACUCCGGUCUCGAUCGCAAGGGAGCGCUCCAAGACUGGCUCCGUCACAACCAGGCCGACCAUGCCUUCUCCCCGAACCGUCAAAAGCUCCGAGCGCAGCAGCAGCAGCCUCGAGCAUCGCACAACCGCCACCCCCGCCCGCAACCUCUGACCCCCGCCUUCCCCCGUGUGCCCAAGACGCCAUCGCCCGGCGCCGAGAAUGGAUAUGAGUCGGACAAGAGCAGCUCGAUCAGCGUCGGACAGAGCAUGGAGCGCGAGGGCCCGCCGCUCACCCCCGAGGUCGAGAUUGACACCGAAUUCGACGCAGACGACGAUGACGAGGAGGCCACGAGCCUCACGCGCCAGCUCGCGGCCACGGCGCAGGGCGUGCGCGAGGUCAGCAAGCAGCUCGGACGGACAAAGGUCCACUCGAGGAUUCAGCACAUUCUCAUCGUCACCAAGGCGCGCGAUAACCGCUUGAUCUCUCUGACUCGCGAUUUGGCGCUAAACUCGCCGACACGCCUCGCCCCGUCCGCUCUCCCUCCGCACGCCAGAUACAAUCUCGAUGUGCGCGGCUUACUUGCGCAUGAGGAGGUAGACGUUCUCUCCGACGACGACGUUGGCGAGAUGCCUGUAGCUUCCACGGAGAGCGAGAAGCAGUCCACCAAAGGACAUGUACGCCGUCGUCAUGGCCUCGCCCUUCUGCGCGUCGUCAAACUUGUAGAUCUUGCCGUACAUGACUACUCUGUCCGCAAUGAGAUCGUGACGAACCUUUACAAUGUUGCCAAGAUGUGGCUCACGAACGCGAUCUCGCGCGCGCCGAUCGAGGUUCAGUCCAUGCUUCAGUCGUACCUCAACGAGUCCCGUGACGUCCUGCUCGUCGAUAGUGUUGAGAUGGGUGCCGGACUCGCGCUGCACUUCUGCAAGGCCAUCUCCCGACUCGACCGCCAGGAGAGCCUCAUGCCAAUGAUCGGCGGAUGGCCCUCUGACAACUCAAACCUCGUUGCGAGCCAGUUCGCGGCCAAGAACUACUACGACGGAGAGCUCAGUGGCGCGCGUCUCGUCCUUGACAAAGGUUGGUUAACGAUCGGUGCUUCGCUAACCGAAAACAGGUCUUGGUAA